AUGGCUAGCUCCAACACGGAUGCUCCUCAAGAAGUGAUCACGUGGAGUCCCCUGAAUCUGUUGACCCCUCCGGGCAGGAUCCUCAAGAAGCCAGUGCUGACAGACUCGCCAUUGCCUCCGGGUAUUCACACCUGGAGUCCCAUCUGUGAAGAAACGACAAUCCCAUGGGGGACGUCAAGCCUGCUUCGGAAACCAUGGAAUCCUGCGAAGGAGUCGGCGGAGGGAUCAGAUGCGACAUCUGCGACAAGCACUUCGGAGCAUGCGAAGACUGCGACUGACACUAUGUCUUGUGGCCAGAGAUCCCAGUUGGUGACCGAUGUGAACGCCAAUGUCCUCGCAAGGCCAUGUGCUGCCGGAACACAGAAGCUGGAUGCCAAUGUGAUAGUGAAGACUCCUCCUCGUGCUUCUCGCUCGGUAGUUCCAGUAGUCAGCGGUCGAGUGCGGAAGCUUGGGGAUCAGCUCGUGCGAGAGGUGCCUGCUUUGACGAACAACCAAGCAGCACCUUCAUCUCCGGAGGCAACUGACAUAUCGCAGCCGGAGCCUGGAGGAGAUGCGACGAAGGAAGAGGCGAAGGUCCCAGUCGCUCCAUGUGCGACAGAGACCUGUGAUGGGACAGAGGCCGAAGCUGGCGAGGACACGAAGAAGGACGAGGUGAUUGAAACGGGGCCAUCCGCGGAGGAGGCCUCUUCAGCGGGAGAAGCCAUCAAGCCAGAGAUCACAUGGCCUCGGGCCGCGAUCCCGGCCUUGCCAUCUUCGAUCCGGAGCCCAUGGGAGGCUUUCCGAGACGAGGCAUUGGCAACUUUGGCUGCUGCAAAACAGAUCGAGGAAGCCCAGCUUGCAGCCUUGUCGGAGAGCGACGCCUUUGUGUACUUGUAUACUGCGUUGCCUCCACAUAUACAGUAUCCCUUUGUCGUGCAAGCUGUGAACGAGGCAGCUGCCUUCGUAUAUUAUCAUGCGAUACAGACAGAGGUCAAGAAGCCAGUGGCAUGGGAGCAGCUGAGUGCCGAGCAGCGGCAAGAGAUGACACCCCCGUUUCCGCAUGAGUAUGUCCGGUCGGGCACUGCUUGGCACAGUCUGCUGCCUAGUUCCUCGCUGCGUUUGUACUUGGAGGGCCCGCCGUCGGAGGCCAGGGCCUUGGAUCUUGAAGCCUUGGACGAGGAAGCCGUGAACCUCUUGCAAGCUUUAGUGCAGCAUGCCCCCACCCUGUUUGGAAUGGCCCUCCCAGCAUUACAGACAGCCCUCAGCACGGUCAAGACGGAGUCAGCAGAGCCGGGCCCAGUGAAGCAGGAGCUGUGCCAAGCUCUAGAUGUGGAAACCUGCGAAAGCAUAGAGCAGUCGCUGCUGGAGCCCUAUCCACAUGAUCCGCCGAAGCUAGGAGUUCAGUUGCAUUGGGGAAGUGUGCUUCAUGGGCUCGUCCGCCAGGCGAGGGACUUGCAUGGGAAAGUGUGGCCACGCGAAAUCGUGAUCCUGUGUGCCUCCAAUGCUGACAGUCUGGAGCUUCUGUCAUUGCAACAGUCUGCUUCUGUCCUGAUCGUUGUUUUGUCUACCAGCUCACACUGGGCGGUGUGCUUCGGCCGAAGGGGCCAAAAGGAGAUCUUGCUGUGCGAUGGUUUGCAAGACAGCGGGAUCGUGCAUGAGUGCCAGGCUUUCUUACUGCAUUUGUCAUCUCACUGGCCCGGUAGCUUCGAGAUCAAGAAAGUGCCAGGGGUCCCACAAAAGGACGCCUGGAGCUGUGGGCACAGAGUGCUCGUGAACACCGCUGCCUUCCUGCAGCGGCAUACCCGUGACGAGUGGCCCCCACUUAUCCCCUUGUGGACAGCACGUGACAAAGCCCUUCAAGAGCUGUGCGAGGGCUCUGCAUCCUCAGGCGGCACAAGUGGCUCUUCGAGCAAGGGGAGCAACGGUCUCAAGCGGGACCAUACUGGCGAGUCUGACUCAAGCAAUGCAGCUGCAAAGGCCUCUGCCAAGAAGCCUGCCUCGGCACUUUCAUCUACCCCAGCUCCAAGCCCGGCAUCCUUGUCGAAGCCUGUCAAGAACGAGGUCGAUGGUCAGGAGCCCGUCACUCCUAGAGCUAAGAAGCUCAAGACUGGCCAGGGUCAGGCCGAGCUGGAAGCGGAGGCUGCGAAUAAACCGCCAGCGCCCAAGCGGCGCAAGCUGUCGGAGGCACAGAAGCGAGAGGGCUGGCGGCAGGAAGGGCUGAGCAUCUGCCGGCAGCAUGGUGUCAACUAUCAGCACACGUUCCAAAAGGUUCACACAGAGCUGAAGGCCCACUUACCUGCCAACCACUGGCCUGAGUUCCUGAUCGAUUUGGGCAAAAACGUUGGCCACAUGAAAUGCCAUGCCUGCCGUGCCCUCCGACGUCGCAUGCUGACCGAAGGGGACGCUGUCUGCCCAGCGAUCCAGGACAAGGCCGAAGCUGCCCCAGCGAUCCAAGACAAGGCCGAAGUGCAGAUCAGCACGGGCCGGGGCCGUCCACCUGGUGGAUCCGUGGCAGCCUCGUUGAUGACGUGGUUGGACCCGGAAAGGCCAGGGAUGUACAGACAGAUCAAGGGUACUCUCUUCUGGUGUUACGUCUGCAAGGCCGAGUUCAACUUUCAGAGGCUAGCCCUAUCAGGAAAGAGAUUUGUCUUGGAUCACGAAGCAACCAAGCGACACCGAGCCGGUCUCAGCCAGCAAGCUUUGGCGCCAUCGGCCAAGCCCAGCCUGUGUCCGGGAGUCAGGAUCGGUGCAUCCGUGUCCUCCUUCGACAAUGUGCAAAGGUCCUGCGAGCUGUGGUUUCAGAGUGGUCAGCUGCGAUGCAAGGUCGCGGAAGGCAGCCAGCAGCCAUUCGACGUGGCAGUGCUUUCCUACGAGAAUGACCAGCUCCUGCUCAAGCACAAAGGUUGCAGUGGCACUCACGUGAAAGACCAGUGUUGCAGCCAGUGCCACCGACUGGGCGAGAGCAAAGAGCUGCAGCAGGAGGUUGCACGAUGGGGCAUGCGCUUGAGCCUGCUCAACCAUGCCAGAGCCCUGGCAUUGGGUGUGACAGAAGAGCGGGAGGAGACCCAGGCGGCACUGGUGACGGGGGACUUCAUGCGGUUCGCUCCACUCAAGAAGGAAGUGAAUGCACUCCUCGCCGUGGAGCAGGAGGAGGCUAGGCUGGUGUUGAUCAAGCGAAAGCUAGACUCGAUCAACAAAUCGGUCCGCACCGAACGCCUAGAUCAAUGGCUCCGCGAUUGUGUCGUGAAGCUCAGCUUCAACAAGGCCGGGGAGAACGAACGGAGAGCCUAUAGCGUCCUCAGCAAUCAGUUCUGUGAAAAGAUCCGGAGCGGCGAAGUGUCGACGAAGGACCUUAGCCUCGCGGCCCGUGUGGCCAGUGGGGAACUGAGCUCUUGCAAACUGGUCAGCUGCUUGGUUCAUUCUUUCUUCUCGAUGCGUGACCGCAUGAGUCGCGGUUGCAAAGACCGGCUGUGUUCAGGGAAAGAGCUCGACGAGGAAACAGUGACCGAGAUCGCCGUGACUCUAGGGUUGGACGGCAAGUGCAAAACUUUGCUCCGAAGCUUCGGUGUAUCGCUGGGUAAAAAGGCUUCUGUGGAUUAUACCUCGGACACAUUGCCCCAGUUUUUCAUCGCACACGAGUCCAUGGAACGGCUCACCAGGAACGCCGAAACUGCAAUCCAGCUUCUGCAAGCAGAGUCCUCAAGAAGCUUCUUUCUCGCAAUUGACGAGACCUGCUGGAAGCCCAGCUAUUCUGCCGUAGCUGGACUGCGAGACCCGAUGCAGGCCGUCAUCAUCGGCGGCCAGUUCGACUCUGCUGACAAUUGGAGCAUCCUCGAAAGCACCGAGAACCUCCCGGAGUCAAAGCAAGCCCACCUGAGCCUCCAUUUCCUCUUGUGUCGCAGUGACCAGAUUCAAAAGUCGUACUGCAUCUCCAUGCUUCCCAUGCCGCACAACUCCGGUACCAAAGCUCCUCUGGUGCUUGAGUAUGCCGGUCAGGCUUUGCAGGCUACGGCAGAUGCCAAUGGCGUGCCGGCCAUCGGAGUGGCCGUGGACGGCGGCAGCUCGAACUCUCAUCUGCUCAAGGCCACAUUGGGGCUCUUGUCUCAGGAUGAGCUGUCCCAGGCCACCUUCUUUGCAGACUGUUCCGUGCAGCCGAUGCCGGCAAAGAUCAAGUUUUGGCCAUUUCGGUCCUUGCUGUGGAAGGGAAAACACCAGGUCCUGGGGUCCUUGGACUGCAUCCAUGGCCUGAAACGAUACACCACCAAACACUUCAGUGGAACCCGAACUGUUCAUUACGGGAGUUCUGCCAUGAUCCCAUCCACGUUACUGCUGGGUGGCAUUCCCUACAAGUGCUACGUCGGCUAUGAUGCCCAGAGCGACAAGGAGUGCUUCAGCAGGCUCAACCCCACCUACAUCCCCGCACAGCCCCACACGUGGGGUGUCUGGGUCUACCAGCUCAUUGGCUCCUUAGCGAGCUUUGGUUGGGAAGGGUCACACAAGAUGUCGGCGCACGACCGCUUCAGCGAUUCCUGCCUCGGGUAUUACCUCCUCUUGAUCUUCUUCUUCCUCGCCAAGCAGCGCUUCCCGGACACCUGGUCUCAGCAUUGGCUCCCCAUACAAACGACGAGGAACCUCGCUUUUGUAUGUGCCUUGGGUAUGGUCUUAGCAAUGCCACGGGAGGACAAGGAGACGGAGGUUCUCGGCGAUUGUUUUGCCGAGAAAACGGUCGAGCACCACUUCAGUGCCAUAAAGUCACACUGCCGAGGCCGACCAAGCCUCCGAGACGGUGUGACAGGCACUCAGAAGGUGCACAUGGCCCAUGCUGGCAAACCGCUACUGCUCAAGAAGCCGGAGGACACAGGGCCUGCUCUGACCCACCAGGUGGCCACUACCUUGGCCGCCUCCGCAUGGGAGCACAGCCUUCGCUUCGUCACUUGGGUGGAGCCCGGACUGAACUCCUGCGAGCUGCAGGAGAGCUUCCAGCUUUGGUGGGCAUCCGAAGGGCUGGGUAUCUUCAGCAUGAACAAGAACCACCAAUUCCAGGAUGACGAGUCUGAGGAGGAGGACGAGGAAGUGUUGGAUGGCGAUUCCAAGGAGGCCGCCCCCGAUAAGGACCUGGAAACCUUGCAAUCCAUCGAGGACCACAUCGCCGCAAAGGCUGCGAUGUCUGCAGUGGUGGAGGCCGUGCCGGGCGACGUCGUCUCGGACGAAGCCGACUCUGCUGCUCAGGAGUCGGCUGUGGGUAGCAGGUGCUUCAUGUACGAGCUGAAGAAGUGCUGUGACACAGAGGUCUUCGAGGGCACCGAUUCGAGCAUUGAUGCUUGCCUGAAGCGCCAGCAGCGCCUGAUCCCCUUGAUCAAGGCCUAUGUCACACAGACCCGCAAGCGUGAGGGGUUCAUUUCAGUGGGAGGCCCCAAGUUGGACAGCCCAUGGCACAGAAUGGAGCACGAGCUAGCUUUGGCCAGAGCUGCAUCCCUUCAUGACGGCACCCGAAUGUCGCGGGCAUCACAGUGGCGAGCAGUGCAGAGCAAGGUGGAGCAUGCAGUUUCCACUGACAGUGCAGAGGAAGGCGGGCCCAUCCGGGCGAUCACACACUACCGGCCCGAGCAAAACGACAGCAGGCAGACGGUUGUCUUGAGGCUAGAGGGCUGUGACAAGCUCCAGGUUGGCAUCGUCAGGGCUGUGUUCAGGGGCUCGGUCACCAAGAAAUCCGGCGAGACCACCCGCAAAAUGCGAACGGCCAAACUUUCUGUGCAUCCUCUGCCUGCGAGCUCCUGCUCCCGCAUCCUGGUGCAGCAUCUUGUGCGGUACGGUGAGCAUUCCUACUACCUGACCGGCGUGAGCCAAACCUUCCUCGUGGACCCCGUGCAGCACGUCGUGGGAGAGGUGCAGAUUUCCCAGUGCCUGGAGAAAGAGACUCGCAUCGUGUGCACCCUCUCGAAGGAGACUGUAGCUGCCAUCGCAAAGCUCGAAGCCGAGCCGGAUUUGCUGCAGCAGAUGCCCCUGCCGAACAUCCCCGUGCCGGAGCCCGCGGUGGGCGAGAUCAAGACCGAGCAGAAGAUCUACACCUUUCAGGACUUCUCUCGCACCAUUGCGGGAACGAAGGCCAUCGAAGGAUGGAUGCGGGAGCUGCCACAAAUGUACGAGACCGCCGGUAUCGAGCUGCUGAAGGAGGGGAAAAUCCGUGUGAAAAUGCCUGGAGGGCAGGACAAGGACUUCGCCUGGGAAUCGAUCGUGCUUCGCACGGCAGAUGCCUUUGAUCUCAUGCUGGACAAACUGAGCGGGAAGAAAUAUGGAAAAACUAUCUUGCAGAAAUUCCUCGACCUGCUCCCGGACACCAGUGACAAAAAAAAAUGCGUGAACCAGGUGCGAAUGUUCGUGGCUCACGUCGACAAGACUGCAGUUGAUGUCUGCGUGAGCAUCAACCGUGCGAAGCUCGGUCGAGCUGCGAAGAAGUUUCACCGCUUGGAGACGUCGGGGCGGCGUAGCGGCACAGCUUGGGGAGACGUUUGCAUUCUCGCCUACGGCGCCACUGGCAGCGGGAAGACCCACACGGUCACGAACUUGGCGCAGCGUGCGGCCCAAGAGCUCGAACGCCAGGCCGUGGUGCUCGCCCAAGAGGGCAUGAAGAUGGAGAUUACUGUACAGCUGGUGGAAAUCUACAACGACCAACUUCGGGAUCUCCUCGCAGUGGACUCGGGCGGCUCAGCGAAACGUCUCCGACUCUCCGUCUGCAGCUCGGGCAGCGCCUUACUCGGCGCGCGGACUUGUUUGGUUUCGACAGAAACCGGCGGUGGCAUCGCAGCCAUGCUUGGGGAGGUGCUACGUAUCGGCCAGGCCCACCGCGCCACGUGCAACACUGCCCUGAACGUGCGAUCCUCCCGUUCUCACCUGGUGAUGAUGCUGUUCCUGUCUUGCCGGGACAUGAACGGCUAUUUGCGGGAGGCCGGGAAGCUGAGUUUGGUCGAUUUGGCCGGCAGCGAGCGUUUGAAGCGCAGCGAGGCGGUUGGUGAGCGGAGACGGGAGGCCCAGCACAUCAACCGCUCUUUGAGCGCUUUGGCCGACGUGAUCUCCGCCAAGGAGCGGCGCGUCUCCCAUGUGCCGUACCGGAACUCCAAGCUGACGCAACUGCUUCAGGAUGCUCUCGGUGGAGCCGAGCACUGCCGUACUGUGGUUAUUGUUACACUUCCGCCUACGAAGGAGUGCCUCAACGAUACGCUGCACUCAUUGCAGUUCUCCCAACGCCUCACUGCAGUCGCCCUGCCAACACCCGUUGUUGAGCGAACGAGGCGCCUGUCCCUGCGCUUGGAGGGCCAGGAUAGCAGAGCACAGCUGAUGCAGGAGGUCGCGCGAUGGCGUGCAGAGUUCGAGAAAGCGCAGGCGCAGAGGGAUGAGCUGAAGACGGCCUUGGAGAUCAAAGACAAAGAGCUCCAGGAGGCUCGGCGUCGUAACGCAGCUCUCCUGGCAGCUGCUGAUCCUCCGCCAGUCCUAGUGCAGACGAUGAGAGACCUACCAACAGAAAGGGCCCGUGAAUCCCGGGCCUCGCCGGGUCACCGGGUCGCCUCUUCGGGGCCCAAGAGGUCCCCAUCGCCCCGAACCCAGGGCUCUCCACGGGAAGUCCCACGCCACAUCCCCCCAAGGCCCCUGCAACCGUUGAGAACUUCGAGGUCUGCAGACUACUCCCCGCAACUCCCCGGCCGAUGGAACCCCUUCGGCGCGCCCGACCGGAACCAAAGGCGGGGCCAGAGCCCAAGCGCCCAGCGGCCCCGGCGCAACGCCACGACAUCCCCGCCGCCAAGGGAGGUGCGCCAUGGAGAGACCGGUCGGCAGGUCGCUACUACGGGGGCCGUGGCAACGGGAGGAGGCAGAGUUGACGGCGAGCGUCCGGGCCCUCGCCCGAGCUGGGCGGCACCUUUGAAGGAGUUGAAUGAGGUAGCGCCUUGCUCCCCACCAACGCAGCUGAGACAGCCGAGGCAAAGCAGCCCAGUUCGCAUCGUGGCCCCUCCGGCAGACUCUCAAGCACGUCCGCGGUCGACGUCGUCGCACCGACGGGCCAAGGAGUAUCGGGUGGAGGUGAUCUCGGAUGCCCGAGUGCACGAGCUCACGGGUGAGAAGGUCUCGCGCGAGAAGAAGAGUGCGAAAUGCCCUCCUAGUCCCGCCUUGCUGCUCUACCCGGGCUUUGACGAAGAAGAGGAGGCGGAUGAGGAUUACGAAGUGGAGGAUGCCCUGCUGACUGGCCUCGCUGGCCUCAACGACGGCCUGAACGAUGUCUCCGAGUCGAGCGAUGAGUCGGAGAUCCGCGACCGGCUGAAGCAGCGGCUGCAGCUAACUGGGAAGCCGAAGCCCUCCAGUCCACCACAUCCCAAGGGACGGGAGACGGCCCGAGGAUCCCAAGCCCCGCAUCCUGGCGCCCAUGGGCAUCCGCCCCCGCAUAGACGAGGGCGCGAGCGAUAA